AUGGAAUGGGAACACGUGGGUCCAGAAGAUAGAACUCCUUUUGCCAGCUUUUUCUCCACAGUCCAGGUCUCCUUGAGUUUGACUGGAUUUAUAGCUUCAGAAAUCUUUGACCACUGUGCCAUUAACUGUUAUUGGAUCAGAGGCACCCCUCUUGGGCACCUUUGUAGGUGCCUGCCUCAGCCUGACUGUGCCUGUUUGGCUCCUAUCGAUCAAGGCUGGUUGCUAGAGGAUUUGGAACUCCCUGAGGAUAGCCUGAGUCAACUCGAUGGCGAUGGGUUUGGUUUUUUGGGUUUAAGGAUAAAUGAGCCAGCAUUAGAGCUUCUUCCUCUUGCCCUGCUAGGACCCCUGACUCUUUUCACAAGAUUAAGAGACGGGGCGACCCUUCUAGCCCCCUCUUCUGUCUUGGAAGGAGACAGUGUGGUUCUGAAAUGCCAGGCAAAAUGGACUGGAAGGAUAAAAACUAUGUCUUACCACAAGGAUGGAAGACAGUUACUUUCGUCAAAUAAAGUCUCAACCUUCUCUAUCCAAAGUGCAGCUUUUAAUGACAGUGGCCAGUACCACUGUGCCAUUUCUGGAAAACUUCUUUGGAAUUGGGAAACAACUUCAAAAGCAGUAAAGCUCAAAGUCCAAGAGCUGUUUCCACCUCCUGUGCUGACGGCCAGCUCCUCUCAGCCCACGGAGGGGACCCCAGUGACCCUGACCUGUGAGACCUGGCUUCCUCCUCAGAAAUCAGGCACUGAGCUUCAAUUCUGCUUCUUCAGAGAAGGCCAGGGCCUGGGGCCAGGCUGGAGCAAGUCCCCAGAGCUCCAUAUCCCUACUAUAUGGAGCCAAGACUCAGGGUCUUACUGGUGCGAGGCACAAAGAGUGACUCCCAGGGUCAAAAAGCAGAGCCUCAAAUCUCAGAUUCAUGUGCAGAGUAAGUAUUGGUAG